AUGUCAAUUCUAAAGGAAGGUUUUCCUAUCUUCUGUUCUUUCCUCGAUUUGCAGGAGGCAUUCAAAGCAGUUGAAGAUGUUUACAGACUCGUGCAGCUGUCCAAGAGGCCUCCAAAGCCUCAAGUGAUGGCCAAUUACUAUCAGAAGGUUGCUCUUGUCUUCUGGAAAGCUGAGAAUUACUUAUUCCAUGCAUGCACUCUCCAUAGAUUGUAUGUGUUGUCAAAGGAACAGAAACGUACAAUGACAACAGAGGAACACUAGAAAAUGGCAACCAGAGUUGUUCUAGCAACCCUAGCCAUUCCAAUCCCAGUGUCCCUCAGUGAAACAGAAAGACAUCUGGAGUUAGAUGAGAUUGCAUGGGAAAAGUCUCGUCGUUUAGCCAGCCUUCUUGGGCUGCAGACCAUCCCCACCAGAGCAUCACUUAUAAAUGAAAUGUUGAAGUUGAACGUCCAGCAGCACAUAAUGCCACAGUUACAAGACCUGUUCCAUAACCUGGAGAAGGACUUCUCUCCUCUUCAGUUUUGCUCUAGGGUCAAUGAAUUCUUUGAAUUCUUACAGGAGAAUGAAGAAUUAGAAUUGAAUCAGUACAUUACACCCUUGCAGUAUGUUGCCAUUGUGCGGCUGCUCAAACAGGUUUCACAGGUGUACCAAACCAUUGAGUUCUCUAGGCUGUUAUCCUUGGUGCCAUUUGCCACAGAAUUUCAGUUGGAAAAAGCAAUCGUGGAUGUUGCUGUGCAAAAUGAACUUCAAGUACGCAUUGAUCACAGAACUAAGGCUGUCAGCUUUGGACUCGACCUGCAUGUGGCCCAUAAAGAGGAGGUGCCAGAAGGGCCUUAUCUCCAGCAAAAGUGCCAAGAGGAGCAGCAGAAGAUCAUUCAGGUGUAUUUGCGGUCAUCUAAGAAAGAACACAAACAAAUGCUGGAAAGGAAGGCUGUGAUCGAGGCUCGCAAGGAAUAUUUGGAGUCACUCCAUGUUAAAAGAGAGCGAGAAGAACAGAAGUUGCUAAGGUUACAGCAGAAGGAGAAUCUGGAAGCUGAACAGAAGCGACUCAAUGAAGAGAGACAGAAGCGGGAGGUGCUCCGAAGAAAGCAAGAACUUCAGGAGAUUGAGAAGAAGCAAGCAAUGGACAAGAUCGCCGCUCUCAAGAAAACAACUGUUGGGGCAAAGGCUCUGAAAGACUUGACUGAAGAGGAAAUAGAAGCCAUGGAUGCAGAUGAUAUCUUGGCUAGACAAGUUGAACAGCUGGAUAAAGAGAAGAGAGAGUUGCAGACAAGGCUUAAAACUCAGGAGAAGAAGAUGGAUUACCUCGCACGAGCGAUGCGAGUGGAGGAAAUUCCUUUACUGAAGCAACAGUACGAGGAACACCUUGUGCAGGACCAAAAGUUCUGGGAAGAACAGGAAGAAGAAAGGGUCCAGCGACGAGUUGAAAGAGAAGAGAAAGAAAGAAAGGAAAAGGAGAAAAGAGAAAAGAGAGAACGCGAAGAAGCCGAAGAAAAGGCCAGGAAAGAAAAGGAAGAGAAAGAACGCGAGUACCGUGAGAAGGUCGCUAAGCUGGACGAGAUGGAGCGUAAGCGGCGAGAGAGGGAGAAGGAAAUUGAGGAAAGGGAACAGCGAGCCAGCAGGCCUGACAGUGAACGGGAUGGUCCACCAAGGGGACUGGAACGGGACAGAGACAGGGACCGAUUGGGACCGCCUCGCCGAGAUGAGAAAGAGGAGGGUGGGUCGUGGAGACGCGAUGAACGGGAGAGGCCACCACCUGAUGAUGGAAGGCGCCGUGAGGAACGAGAACCGCCACCCCCAAGUCGUGACCAGGAAGAGCGUGAACAGGACCGUGAAUCUACAGGUGGAUGGCGUCGUGGUGGUGAUGGCCGUGAUGAUCGUUAUCGCGAUGAUCGCCGUGAUGAUCGUUUCCGCGAUGACCGUUUCCGAGAUGGAAGUUCAGGAGGGGGCUGGAGACGAGAU